CGAUUAUGGGAUCUGCGCAAAAUGCGCACCAACCAGGAUCUAGAGUCUUGUGCACAUAAGAACUACUCGACCAACUACGACUACAGGUAUCCGCGGUAUCCCAAGCCGCGAUUUAUCGCCCAUCCGAAAGAUUGCAGCGUCAUGACAUUCUACGGGCAUGCGGUACUCCGGACGCUCAUCCGAUGCCACUUCAGCCCCGCCGAAACCACCGGCGGACAAUACAUCUACUCCGGCUCUGCGGACGGCAAAGUCCACAUCUGGUCUCUAGACGGUCAAGUCGUGCAGGUGCUCGACCGGGGGCAGACGCUCCCCAUGACCUUCGAUCCAUCUGACCCUGACCCGGAGCACAUCAGCCCGUCGAACCGCCCCUGUGUACGUGACGUCAGCUGGCACGCCUACGAACCCGUCUUGAUGAGCGCCGGCUGGGAAAGCGGCACGCACGGCGGAAGCCGCCUCGCUCGGCACGAGUGGAAGGGCCUCGCCAAGAUGCGGCAUAACCUCGAGGACUGGGUCGCGCGGGACCGUGCGCACGGGUCCGAGUUCCGCCGGUCGGCGCGGCUCGCGGGCCGCUCGCCGUCGCUGGGUCUCGACGACGACGACGACGAGAUGCCGCACAUCCCCGGCGCGUACCGGGUCGUGAUCGAUGAUGACGACGACGUCGAGCAGGACGACGAUGACGAGUCGGACUAUUCCGAGUGAGACGACGACAUUACAUAGCCAUGUCCACGCCACAUCUCGCUUCAUCCACACACGGAGUGAUUUUGAAUGAAUUAGUCGUGUUUGUGGCAUCAUCGCAUCGGAUAUGAGCAGUCCACAACUGUCC